AUGAAGUUCUUCAAGGCAGUCGCGGUUCUGGGCUUCGGCGUUGCAGCAGCUCAGGAUGAUGCAUGCCAUUCAUCGCACAAGGCCAAGGCAGACUGCGAUGCUGAUACCAAGUGCACGUGGUGCGAGGCAUCGGCAGUUCCGAGUGCAUGCUACACCAAGGAGAAUGCCGCAAAGCUUCCCCCGGCCGUGUUCACUUGCGCUACCCGUGGACGCCGCCAUCGCUCCGAGUUGCUUCCACGUGCCGAGGUGGAGAAGCUGGGGGUUGAAUGGCGUGGCAAUGCAACACAUCAAAGCUCCCACGAGCUGCUUGAAGCUGCCGAGUACCCCUCGGAUUUCAGCUGGUGCAACAAAGAUGGCAAGAGCUACUGCACCAUGUCUCGGAAUCAGCAUAUUCCGCAGUACUGUGGCUCCUGCUGGGCUCAUGGAGCAAUCUCGGCUCUUGGCGACCGCAUCAAAAUCGCGCGCAACGCGCAAGGAAUUGACAUCAACCUCGCAGUUCAGCACUUGCUGAAUUGCGGCGGUGUGGGAACCUGCAAGGGAGGCAGUGUCGACGGCCCGUACCAAUGGCUCCUGGAGAUCUCCAAGAAGGGCACUGGAAUCAGCUACGAGACAGCGAACCCUUACGUCGCUUGCAGCUCUGACUCCGACGAGGGCUUCUGCAAGCAUGUCGAUACGUCGUGCAAGGCGCUCAACGUGGCCCGCACCUGUGGCAGCUUCUCGCAGGAGGGAGGGCCAUGCACUGGCCUUGGUGAGUUUCCCAACGCGACUAUUUCAGACUAUGGCUCCAUUAGUGGCGCUGAUGCCAUGAUGAAGGAGAUCUUUCACCGUGGUCCUAUCUCAUGCGGUGUCGAUGCCAACCCCUUGCUGAACUACGAGUCUGGCAUUAUCAAGACGAAGGGCGAGGGCGUCGAUCAUGUCGUGUCUGUGGUUGGCUGGGGAACUGAUCCCAAGGAUGGCAUGUAUUGGAUCGUCAGGAACUCUUGGGGAGAAUAUUGGGGAGAAAUGGGCUAUUUCAGGGUGGCAAAAGGUGCGCUGCUCCUCGAGGAGCGGUUUGCUGUGCAGUCAUUGGAUUGUUUCCGGGCAAGUUCUGCAGUUUCAGACAUCUGCCGGGCUUGUGAUAGUGGCUCAGCUGCGCUUGCGCCUCGCGCAUGCCAGCAAUUGGCAUCCUCCUUCGGUGUGUGA